CCCCCCACCCCUCUCCUCCUCCCCUCUCAGCCGCGCGCUCCACUCCAUUCGUCGGAGGGGCUGAAGAUGGAGAAAUGGCUGUGGGAAGAAAUGUCGCCAAAUCUUUUAUGACACCCGGAGCGGUCUAAAAAAUACAAGGUUUAGGUUUGGAUACUUGAAGAAAGAUGGACUUGUCAUCACCCUCGCUGCCGUACGGCUCCAAAAAGCGGGUCAAGAUUCACCCGAACGCGGUGACGGUGAAGUACGCCACCCACUUCCCCCAGCCGGGGGACGAGGGCUACGACGAUGCCCCCUCCUUUGAAGACUUUGGCGCAUUCACCGAAGCAAACGUGGGGAAGAGGCUGGUGUCUGAGAGCAAAAGCGGAAGGACUUUCUUUGGAAGCAUGGAUACCCAGGCCAAGCCGCCCAGUACUCCACGGGACAAGGGGGUGGGCGGCCAGCUGGCCAGCUUCGGCGAGGCCAACGUGCUGGCCUCCAGGGUGACCUGGAUGGCCCUUUUCGGGGCAGCGGUCGCUCACGGUUGCGUGGCCUUGAUCACCCAUCUGGCGGCGGAUCGCUCCAAGGUGCCCUCCCUGGAGUUGCUCUUCAUCCGCUCUGUGAUCCAAGUGCUCUCCAUCCUGGUGGUCUUCUACCACCACGAGGCGCCCUUCGGACCCAAAGGAUACCGACUGCGUCUCUUCUUCUACGGCGUGUGCAACGUCAUCUCCAUCACGUGCGCCUACACCUCCUUCGCUAUCGUGCCGCCCAGCAACGGCACCAUCAUGUGGCGUGCCUCCACCACCGUCUUCAGCGCCAUGCUGGCAUUCCUGUUGCUGGACGAGCGUCUGGUGUACAUGGACGUGGUCACGGUGGUGGGCAGCGUGUUCGGCCUCUGCCUGGUCAUGGUGCCCAACGUGGCGGGCGAGGAGAAGUCCAGGCUUGGCUUUUGGAAGGAGGCUUUCGGCUACACAAUGACCGUGAUGGCCGGCCUGACCGCCGCCCUCUCCAUGAUCGUCUACAGAGCUAUCAAGGAGCGCGUGAGCAUGUGGACGGCACUCUUCACCUUCGGCUGGACGGGCACGGUGUGGGGCGCGUCCACCAUGUUCAUCAUGCAGGAGCCCAUUAUUCCCCUGGACGGCGAGACUUGGGGCUAUCUGAUCGGGAUCUGCAUCUGCUCCACGGUGGCGUUCCUGGGCGUCUACUACGCCCUCAACAGGUUCCACCCGGCCUUAGUGAGCACCGUGCAGCACCUGGAAAUCGUGGUGGCCAUGUUCCUGCAGCUCAUCGUGCUGAGGAUGAUCCCGUCAGUGUACGACGUGGUGGGCGGCCUGGUCAUCAUGAUUAGCGUUUUCACCCUCACCGGGCUCAAGCUGUACCGGGUGAGCAGGGCCGUCCGGCAGGAUUACCAGGAGAUCCUCGACUCGCCCAUCAAAUGAGAGAUUUGUCUCCGUCCUAGUCUUUGUUGUUUAGAGCAGUGGUUCUCAAGCUGGGGUCCCCGGAUCCCUGGGACAACCACAAGCUCUUACUUGGGGUUCUCUAAAGAUAAUUUUCGAGAAAUUAUGUAGGAUCAUUUUUUUUUUUAAAGUGCAUACCUGAGCAUGGCAUGGCAUCAGUGUGAAAAUGAUUCAGUUUAUCUUGUCUGUUUCUUAGUGGAAAUUAAACUUACCAGUCACUUUUUUGAAAAAUAGUCAAGGGUGGAAAAGUCGAUAAAUAUAGCGACUUAUAUAUAUAUAUUGUUAAGUUGGCCACACUGACUGCGGUUUUGUAAACGAGCUCCUCUUUGUUCGCAGCCUUGUUGUUAGUGUAAGUAACAAAUAACGAUGUAACGAUGGACAAAUAUUGAAUUAAAUUCAAUAAAUUAUGGUUUAAAACCCUUUCAAGUAAACGGGUCAUGAAUAUUUAGGUUGAAAUGUUAAAUAAAUAAAAAAAUCCAAGGUAUUUAGGGGUGCACGUGGUAGUAAGGUUUAAUUGGCAUUUGGAUUCUGAGCGGGUCCUUAAAAGCAUUUCUAAAAAUUGUUAAUCCUUGAUUUAUUUGUAGGAAAUGGUAAGGGAUCCCAGGACCCAAAAAGUUUGAGAACCCCUGGUUUACAGUGUUUGCUUGGUUGUGCAAGUCAAAGAAUGUCUGUGCCGUCAUUGGAUGAUUUCUCGUCGUGCCAGUCUUUGACAGAGUGCCAGUCAUGUAACUAAUGUCUUAAUAUUUGUACGUAAAAUGAAAACUGUGGUAUGGUGAUCUUUCUCUCUCCCAUCUGAGGCUUUCAUGUCAAAUUGUCGCCAUAAGAGAAGAAAAGGUAAUCGAUUUUGUGGGUGACCGUGCAUUAAAGGAGACAAAUUAUGUUUUUUUUCCCCCAACAAUUGAAAACAGUUCCCAGAUCUUAAUAACAUGUCUGUGACAUACAGUACUUUCAUACAAAUGCCCCAUUUCCUACAAAUAAAUCAAGGAUUAACAAUUAUAGUACACUUUUCACCCUAUUUCUUGUCUGGAUCUCGCCGGCGAGUGUACGCGUUCCAGCAAUGUUUGACAGUCUCUUCUUCUGUGUGGCUCGGUGGGCUGGCUCUCGUCAUCUUACCUGGUAGUGUAAGCAUUACAGAGGUUUGGAUCUCGCCAGCAAGUGGGUGUGUAACAGCGCUUUGGAUCUCGCCAGCGAGUGUGUACAUUCCGGCUGUUGGCCAGCCGUCACUUCCACCGUGUUACUCGGCAGGCUGGCUGUCCUCAUCUCACCAGCAAGUGUAUGCAUUGCAGAGGUGCGGAUCUCGCUGGCAAGUGUGCGGGUUUUCAGUGGCAUUAUGAAAGCAGAUCCCAGACAGUGACAAAACAGCAAGCGCCCAUUAAGACAAUAAAAGCAUUUUUAACUCGUGGAGGCAGAACUUCAUACACUACACUGUGUGUACGUGGAGUAUGGGCAGACCAGCAAACCGUUACAUAACAGUGGGGCUGGCUGAAGAACAUAUUUUCUAAAAUAGGCAAACAGGAAAAGAUUUAGUUGGUUGUUUAAUUUAAGACUUGAUCAGACUACUAUUCCAACUAUUUGGAUAAAAGCCAUUAAAAAGUCAAUUUUGCAUAAUAUGUCCCCUUUAAGAUUCUAACGGUAUAGACUUAUUAGAAUGGUGAAAUAAGGCAGAUGUGGUGCCUGUCAGGCUGUGUUAGUCUCAACAACUCAUCUAACAUAUUCAAAUAAUGAACACAAAUACCAUAUUCAUUCUUCAUAACAUAACUGGUCAUUGAUUUUUACAGUGAAACCCCUGAAGCUAAACACAAGCUUGUUUUUAUAAGUUGAAGUUAACCUCCGUAUAUUAAAACAAAGUAAAACGACUCCAUUUGAACACACCUAACAGUCACACAAUGUAGAGUAAUAGGCGGUAAAAUCAUAUUUGUGGUUUGUUGGGGUUCUACUCUGGUCAUAGUUAUGUGAAUUAUUAGCCAUCGUUUUGCUUAAUGUAUGUCGCACACGAUGGUGGAUUUGUUUGACCUCUGUGACACAUUUUCCCCAUAAGCUGUGGUUAAAAUCCAAACUACCACUUUCUGGGCGGUUUGACUGUACAGUAUUUGCAGUUGGUUUCUAGUUUACUAGGUGCAAAUGCAAAGAGCUCUGCGGUCUGUAUUGGACGUCGACAUGUUUCUGUUUACUUCCAAACCCGUUGAGAACUGGUUCCCCGAGGCCAUUAUUAAAUUAGCCUGCCCUCUGACGAUAACGUGGCCAUCUGCUUUUAUCGAGGCGUGUGACUCAUGUUGCUUGCAGAGUCGGCCGGUUUGUGUUAUUUCCCAGAGGCAAUGUGAUCAAGGGAACUAAAUGCAGGGAGUCCUCGGUUUACGACAGUCCUGACAUUCGACGUUUUGGAGUUACGAACUCGUAAGCGCAACGGGGUAGGAAUAUGUGGUCACGUGGCACAGGAAGGCAUGCUCAGUUACCACCAUACUUAUUUUUCAUGAUGCAUGGCCAUUCACCUUUUGCAAUCAGCAUGGUAGAAAAUGCAGCAAAAAAAGCUAAGGAAAAAGCCAAAUGAACAGUUAACAGAGUUAAUCCUUGCUUUCUGAACUUACUGUCAGUCGGUACACUGCAAAAACUGCAAUCUAAUCAUGAUUAAAUAGCUCAAAUCAAGGCAAAAUGUGCUUUUUGCUGUUGGCCAAGAUGUUUCUUCUUACCAGGCAGUUUUUGUGUGAGUUGAGGUGUCAUCUGACGUCAUGGAAUGAGUGUCGAAAAAAAGGUCAAAAAGACCAAAGGAAAAGGCUCAUGAACGUACAAAUUUGUGUUACAUCCCCACCCUAGGAACGGGACAACGUCGUAAAUCAAGGACCCCCUUGCAAGAGCAUCACGAUGGUGCGUAACUGGGUACGUUGCACUUACCAAUUUGUCCAUUAGAGGACGCUGACGACCCACUUUUUAAUAAUCAACCAGAUUGAGUGUAUUUACAGUGCAACUCUAUUUAUCAUGAAGGCAAUUAGUGGUGUACUUUAUUCAGCCAUAACAACUGUGCAGCUGGAUCCAUUUUUUGUUACACACCAUGUUUUUAUUUUAACUGCUGCAGCAGUCAUGGUGCAAUGUGAAUGUUUAGCAUUUUUAUACGAUAACACACACACACACAACACAGCAUCUACUGUUUGUUUAUAAAAUAAUUAUGUUCUUAAAUAUUCAUAAUCACGAUAGACGUCAUCACUAACGGUUUCUCUUAAGAUACAACUUCAUUGUAAUUUUCAAUAAGCAUUUUGUCCCGUUGCAUGUUUGCUACUUCAGUCAAUGUUGAUCACACCAAAUCGAAAGGUGAAUAAACUUGGGUCAAAUAAUGAGUUUGCCUCCAACUGAAAUUGUUGCGCCUUAUUAAAUAAAGUUUGUUUCUUUUUAAAUGAAGUUAACAUUAAAUUAAUCAGAAAUGAAGUCUAGACCAAGGAUUUUCAAAGUGUGGUAUGGGUAUGUAUAUAUAUUUAUUUGUUUAUUUGUUUAAUUACAGUUCAGUUGUAUUUAAGUUUUACAGCAAGUAUAAUACAUUUACAUUUAAUCUUUUAGAAUUGUUUGUUUUCUAUUUAGGUAUUUUUUGUUUAAUUAUUUAACAUUUUUAAUUAA